CGGCGCGGCGAUGGCGGAACGCGGGGGCGCGGCGGUGGCGCGCUCGCGGUCCCUGUUCUUGUGGGACGACGGGAGCCCGAUGCGGUUCUACGUGCGGCCCGGGCUAGCCAAGCUGCGCUUGGCGCCCCUGGUGCUGGCGGGCGGCGGCCGGCUGUGCCGCGUGCAGGAGCCGGGAGCCGUGCUGCUGGCGCAGCCCGGCGAGGCGGCGCCCGGCGGGGCUGUCUCCACCGAGUACGUGACGGAGUGCGUGGAGCGCAACCAGCGGCUGCCGCUGGAGCCCUUCCGGCUGCCCGCCGCGCCGCCCGCCGCCUCGCCGCGCGGCCGCCUCGCCUUCACGGAAGCGGAGGACGCGGCGCUGCUGCGGGCGGUGCGCGGGCGGGGCGAGGCGCGGGCGAGCGGCCGGGCGCUCUGGAAGGAGCUGGAGCGAGCCGGCCUGACGCGGCACAGCUGGCAGGCCAUGCGCGACCGCUACCUGCGGCGCCUGCGGCCGCUGCUCGGGGAGCCCCAGCGGACGGAGGAGCCCGCGCAGAGCACGGGUCUUUUCGAGGCAGCGAAUCGGGAGUUCGAAAGCACGGAGUCAGGAAGUGACACUUCGGACAUUUCAGAAGAACUUUCUACACAAGAUGGAGAGGGAAGGUCGCCAGGAGAAACAGCAUCUGGUUUGAAAACUGGACCGGAGGACUCUGCUCUCCCUGACACUCAAUUACAAAGGGAAGAAAGACCAACAAGCACUUGCUCUUCUUCCAGUGUGGUGGGAGAGGUAGUAAAAACUAUGCAGUACUUCAUGGAGAAGUUCGGCAUGGACCUGUUCACUGUUACACAGGCCUUUCUGAAAAACACUGGGGAAGUAGAGACUACUUUAUACUUUCUGCAGACAGGGCAGCGCUUGGAUGGGUACCCUGUAUGGAGCAGAGAGGAUGAUUUGGAAUUGCAAAAAGAUGAUGAACGUGUCAGAAAUAAAUUGAUAGCAAAAUUUGGAGCUGAAAAUGUAGCAAAGCGUGUAGCAUUUAGGAAAAGUUAGACAGCCAAGCAGAGGGGAAUGGCUAAUCUAGGACUGUGGCAGGAACUUAAAAAACCAAAGUCAUUUCAGAAAUGCAAAUGUGAUGGAAAAUUUGAUGCAACAUUCCGAAGUUUCAGAAAUGCUUUAAAAUAAUUUUUUGAUAAAAGGCCUAUUUUGUAUUUGAUUUUUAUUUGCAAUACUGAGUACAUUAAACAUUUAAAAGUAGAAAAUGGUGAAGAUAAAGGUUCUAUAUAGUAUUAAGUUUUCAUUGAAAAUUUCCUUUAAAGUGUGUAUCUACUAUAUAAACCAGCUGACAGUCCUACCUGUAUAUUGCUGCAUGCAAAGGAUUUUGAAUAGGGUUGGAACCAAAAUCUGACAGAAUCACAUUAAGUGCUCUAACCUGUAAUGAAUGCAUUAUUAGUGCACAAUAGCAGCCUAUUCUCUGUCAUCUGUCUUACUUCACACUGUUUGGAUGAUCAUUUAAUAACCUGCUUUGCCAGUUGUUGUCAUUACCUUGUUGUUGUUGUUGUUAGUGAACCUUGAUUAGCAGCAGACAUUUGGAGAUGAUAACAAUGAAAAUAUAACAGUUCAAAAAGAGGGAUUAAGAACAUUCAUGCCAGAAGAUGAGGCACUUGGUCUCACACACGAAUGCUGAGAUGUCUCAGAGUGGCCAUGUGUACUGGGAAAGGCCAAAACAGGUCACUGUGACACUAUAAUAUUCAAUUUCAUGUUACAGAGAUCUGUCAGUUAAAACCUCAGGCUAGUAGACAGUGAUCUCAAUUUUUAUUACCACUUCCAGUACAUGUUCUCCAGUGCUAAUAUUGCAGGGUUUGUUUAAUAACAUUAACUUUACUAUCUUGCUUCAUGAUUUCAAAAACAAUGAAUCGCUCUGCCCCAGCUUGCAUCUUUACAGAUUGAAGAGUCACAGCUUCUUUAAUCCUGGCAAAGUAACACUUGUACCAGACCAUAUAGUCUAGGUGGAAAAAGUAGACCAGUUUUCAGGGCCACGUGCAAUAGUUGACAUAGGAGAUACGAGUUAAGAAAGAGUGCUCAGAGUUUAUUUAGGUAUCUAUUGCCUAAGUCAUGUUUGAGAGAGAGAGAGAGAACACCAUUGCUAGUGUACAAUCACAAUCUGAAAAACUCAGUACUUUCAGCCUGAGAUUGUGCUCUGGUCACUACUUUAAUAUUAUUUUACAUCAGUCCUGUAAAUCUGGAAUUCAUUCAUUUGGUGAAAUAAAAUGGGCUAGUAAAAGCAAAGACUGAUUUUUUUAAAUUUUUUUCUUAGAAUUCUAUUUUGGGGUUUUUGCUUAUUGCACUGUGGCACUUAGAAAAAUUAAGGUGAAUUAGGAAAUUGCUGAUUUUAAGCCAAAUUCAAGUUAUAUUGAAAGUCAGCGAUAACUUCAUAUAAUGAGACUGCUACUUCAGAAAACCACUGUCCUGAAACACCAAUUGAUUAUUUGGAGAGUUAACCAAUGUAACCAAAUAAAUGCCAAAACGCUG